GCGUAAAGCUUUUUUUACAUCUGGCAACACUGUAAUGUUUUCUUCUUAGUAUUUUUUGACUUUAUUCCUACUAAAAUCGGCACAUAUAUUGCGAAAUGUCGAGAUUUCUGUUGAACAAAAGAUUUGUUCCCAGUCUGCUCCAGCAAGACUUCGUGCUCGCCGGCUCAUGGAUUCCGUCCCAAUCUCGAAGGGGAAAGGCCUCGACACCCAUAAACAUGUGUGUUAUGUUUGUGCCCCAGCAAGAGGCCUGGGUGGUGGAGCGCAUGGGUCGGUUUCAUAGGAUUCUGGACCCCGGCCUGAACAUUCUGGUGCCGGUGGCCGACAAAAUCAAAUACGUGCAGAGCCUGAAGGAAAUCGCCAUCGAUGUCCCAAAGCAGAGUGCCAUUACCUCCGACAACGUCACCCUGAGUAUCGACGGCGUGCUCUACUUGCGAAUCAUCGAUCCGUACAAAGCCUCGUACGGCGUGGAGGAUCCGGAGUUUGCCAUCACACAACUGGCCCAGACGACCAUGAGAUCGGAGCUGGGCAAGAUGUCCAUGGACAAGGUCUUUCGCGAGAGGGAGUCCCUGAACGUCAGCAUCGUGGACUCGAUCAACAAGGCCAGCGAAGCCUGGGGCAUCGCCUGUUUGCGUUACGAGAUCCGUGAUAUUCGACUUCCCACUAGGGUCCACGAGGCCAUGCAGAUGCAGGUGGAGGCUGAGAGGCGGAAAAGAGCGGCCAUCCUGGAAUCUGAGGGAGUUCGCGAGGCGGAAAUCAACAUAGCCGAGGGCAAGCGGAAGUCCAGGAUUCUAGCCUCCGAGGCCGAGCGGCAGGAGCACAUCAACAAGGCCAGUGGCGAGGCAGCUGCCAUUAUUGCCGUGGCGGAUGCCAGGGCCCGCAGUCUGCUGGCCAUCGCCAAGUCCCUGUCCCAUCUGGAUGGACAAAAUGCAGCUUCCCUCACGCUGGCCGAGCAAUACAUUGGGGCCUUCAAGAAGCUGGCCAAGACGAAUAACACCAUGAUCUUGCCCUCCAAUCCUGGCGAUGUCAAUGGCUUCGUGGCCCAGGCCCUGGCGGUGUACAAUCACGUUUCCCACUCGAACCAAGCGACCAAGUCUUCGGAGAGCGUUAAGGGUGUGGGCACCUGUUUAAACGCCAAGAAUGUCGAGUACAAGGAGUUGCAGGAGGAUAAAAACAGUGUAAAAAUGAAUAUUGAAUAGGAAUGAAUAAAAGGUUGUUGCUAUUACAUUUGCA